AUGAAUGAAAAAAAUCUUGAUUCAUCACUAUCAUCUGAUGAAUUAUGGUUAAAAAUUAUUAAUGAAGGUAAAGAAAAUCGUGUUGAAGUCAAUCAACGCAUGUUAAUUGAUAAAAUGCUGGCUCGUUAUUCAUCUGAAUUUGUUGUUUAUCGAGAAUUAAUUCAAAAUUCUGAUGAUGCUCAAGCAACCUCGUUUACUCUUGAAAUAACAUGUGAUCCAUCAACAGCCACAAUAAAUUAUGAAUCAGUUAACAAAGAUGACCUAUCAGUAAAUCAAAGAAAACGAACAAAUAUCUUAGGCGGAAUUGGACAACUAUUAAAAAAUCAUUGGAAAUCCGAUCCUACAAGUCCGAAUAAAGAUACAACUGAUUCUUCAUUAAAUAGCCAACGUUCAUUGGAAAAUGAUUUUAACAAUUGUAUAAUAACUCAAAUCCGUACAAUAAACAAUGGAAAUAUUUUUACUGAAGACGAUUGGACACGAGUUAUAACAAUCGCUGAAGGAAAUACAAAUGUGGACGCUAUCGGACAAUUCGGUGUUGGAUUUUUUUCUGUUUUCUCCUACUCCGAACGACCUAUGAUUCAAUCGGGGAAACAUGGUUUAGCAUUUUCAUGGCAAAAUGGGAAAUCCUUAACAACAUUUCGUAAAGAAUUGUCUAACGACGAACAAGCCUCGACAACUUCGAUUAUUCUUAAAAUGAAAAAUAAAUUCAUUUUGGAAACAAAAUCGUCAUUAGAAAUCAAUGAAAUCAAUGAUGAUGUUCAUCGACCGACAAAAUCAAAGAAAAACACCAUGACAAAUGAAAUCGUUCCGACAAUGGAUUUAACACAAUUGAAAGCUUAUUUUACAAAAGUUCUUUCAUUUACGAAAUUUAUCGAUGAAUUAAUUAUUAAAAUCAAUGGCCACACAGUUUUUCAAGUUAAUAAAACAAAAAAAUCUUUAGUAUCCACGAAAUUAUCUUUAGCAGCAAAACGAAUCAAUAAAAAUACUGAACAUAAUUUACUUCGUUUUAAUUCAUUUAAUCAAACUGAACAAGAAUUUUCUAUUCAAAAUGGCCCAUCAAUAACCUUGAAUCAUAUCGAUGUUCAAGCCCAAUUAACCAUUGAUAAGGAAUUUCAUGAACAAAUUCGAAAUGUUCUUAAAAAAAGUUUACCAUCUACUGUACAUAUUCAAUUUUUAUUUCCAUCAAAUAAUAUACUUUUACAACAACAAUGGAAAACGUUAAAUAAUAAUAAUUUAAAUAAUCAAAUAUUAAAAGAAUUAAUUCCAUUGAAAUUUCAUAACCAAGAAAUUGUUCCAGCUGGUCAAAUAUUUAUCGGUUUAGCAACACAUCAAUCGACAGGCAUUGGUAUGCAUUUGUUUAGUCAUUUAAUUCCAACAAUUGAACGUGAAAAUAUUGAUUUACAAGAUCCAUAUAUCUCCAUUUGGAACGAACAACUUUUAGUGUCAAUAGGAAAAAUUAUUCGAUUUAUCUAUGAUCAAAUUAUUCUUGAUGCUGUUAAUAAUAUUCAUCAAGAUGUCAACCAACAACUCAAUCUUAUUCUUUCUCCUUAUGCAUUUCAACCGUCAGCACCCAAUAAAGAUAUUGGUCGUAUUCUUCUCGAUGGUUUUUUUUCGUCACAAGAAGAUAUUCUUGUACCUGUGAAACGGUGUCCAUCCGAUAAUCAUCUUUCAUUGAUUCCGUCGACGGAAGCUUUUCUUUCAAAUUCAAAACAUAUUCAAGCAUUCCUUCCUGUUCCGCUUGUUCCAUUUGAAAUUUCGAAAAAUAAUUUUUUUAAAAUUUUAAAAGAACGCCGAUGGAUCGAAGAAAUCGAUUAUGAUACAAUUGUAGUUAAAAUUCAUCAGUCCAUUUUUCUAUUUAGUGAAUUUGUUGAAUUACUUCGUUGGCUAUGCAAAAAUGAUAUGAAUAAUAGUAAAGUUUAUAUAAAACGUGUUCUUUCAAAAAUUCAUUAUCGUGACACUCGCCAAUCGCCUAUUAUCAAAUUAGAAAAUAUCGAAUUAUAUGAUGCAUUAAAUAUAAAUUCUCUUCCUUUGCCACCGAAUGUCUUACCGCCUGAUGUUGUUGCGCAUAUAUCUCGUGAAGAUUUACAACGACGAUUAUCAUUAUCGGCCAUGUCUGCGAAGACUUUAAUUGAAUAUUAUCUUAUUGAAAAUCAGCAUCAUCUUUUUCAUAAUGAAAAUACAUCGAAAAUACUUCUUAGUUUUAUUUGUCAAAACUGGAAUCAAUUUAAUGAUGCUGAGUCAACUAUAAUAAGGAGUUUAUUAUCGAGUAUGAAAUGUAUUCCAACAAGUCAAGGUAUGAAAUCUCCUAAUGAAUCCUAUAUUCGAUCAUCAAAUUUAUCGUCGGAUUUACCCAUCAUUACACUUUAUAUUCCACAAGUUGCAAAAGAUAAUAAUCAACAAGAGUCAAAAGAUCAUCCAGUAUCAACGGAGUUUCUUAAAUCGAUCGGUUGUCGAACAAUUCACGUACCAACAUUGACAAAUCCUCUACAAACUGAAUCAAAUGAUUUACAAAAACUCGAAACUGUUAUUCAAGAUCUAUUAAAACAGCGUAGAAAUAUGAGUGAUACUGAUCUUCAUGCAUUAAAACACAAUCAAUGUAUUACAGGAACAACCUUAGAAUCAAAUGGUCAAACAAAAACUAAGUAUAAACCUUGCGAUCUUCAUUUUCCAUCAGUAGCAAUUCGUCUUAAAUGGAAUGAAUUACCGAUAAUAGACUGGCUAGAUAUUGAUUCUCAUUCACAAGAAUAUUCAUUUCUGAAAGAACUUGGCGUCAAAGAAGUGCCAGAAUUACAUAAAUUAAUUGCGCGAAUCGAUUUUGAACAUCAAGCUGGAUCUAAACAAAUAGUUGAUUAUAAAUUACCGAAUUCAUUGGUCUUUUUUGCUGAAAAAUUUCAAGUACAUUAUUCAAAAUUAUGGAAAAAUGCUAAAAUAAGAACACCUUUUCUUCCAUCAUCUGUUCCUGAUGUGAAUCAUUCCACAGAAGUUAUAUUAACAACACCUGAAACUGCUUUUAAAGAAUUAAGUCCAUUAUUUCCAUCUUUACUUCCUGAUGUCAUUCGAUGUUUUUCACAAUAUUUUAACAUGGAGUUACUUGGUGUUAAAAAUCAUCCUACUCUACCAAUGGCUUUCGAAGUUCUAAUGGAAAAAAGAAAUCAAUUAUUAACAUUUCAAACAGCCUCGAAAUACUUUGCUUAUUUUAAUAAACUCGAUGGUCUCAAUACAAAGUUUAUUCAAAGAAUUUCAACUAUUCCCUUUAUUCCUCUAUCAGAAAACAAAUUCUACGCAAAAAUAUCUCAAGUAUUCAUUCCUACAAAAAUAUCUCAAGUAUUCAUUCCUACAAAAAUUUCAACAACAUCUCAAGAUAAUAAUACUAAUACUCUCGAUGAUAUAGCAGCACGUGGUCUCAUCGAUUACAUAGAUUAUGGAUCUGAUGCUAAUUCAUUUCUUCUCAACAUUGGUGUUCUUCCUUAUCCAUCAGCUGAAAAUCUCGCUGAUUUACUCAUAGAACGACAAGAAAGUUAUUUUAAUCAAAAUAAAAAUGACACGGAAGAAUUAAUCUCUGCUAAAGUACGUUUUUAUACGAAUUGUUUGAAACAACUAUCUGCUGCAUCGAACGUAACACAACAAUUAUAUGUGGAACCAUUACGCAGUCGUUUAAUUAAUAAACCAUGGUGUUUGGCCUAUCAGAGCCUUGAACGAUCCGAUGGAACUAAACAUCAAAUAUUUAAAACAGCUAAACCAAGUGAUAUCUAUCUCGAUGAUGAUCAUCAAUCUGCCAUUGAUCUUCGACCCUUAUGUGCACCUGAUGAACCAGAAUUAAUGAAAUUAUAUAAAAAAUUUGGUGCUAAAUGGAUAUCUGAAUGCGUCAAACGAACAUUGGUUCAUAGAGGAAAAUGUGUGGUAACGGAUCGAAGUAAAAAAUUAGGCGAUCGAAUUCAUCAUCGAUUAGAUAUGUUGUUUGUUAAUAAUAGGGGAGAAUCUAUGGAAAAUAUUGAUGAAAACCGUAUUGAAUUAUUACGAAAGCAUUUCGUUAUUUAUGAGGCUGAAGGUAUUGAAUGUCAAUUAACAUUUCAAAAUAGAACAAUUACAUUGAAUUCAACUGAAUGUAGUUCAUGUGCACUUGAAUUUGAUAGAAAGCAAGUUUGUCUAUAUAUUCAUAAAGAUAUUUCUACUCUCGAUUACAUUGAUAUUGCUACGGAAUUAACACGAUUUGUCUGUAAAAAACCGCUUGAUACAUUAGUUCAUUCAAUCAGUGAUAAACUUUCUUCGCCAUUGGGAACUCUUAAACGGCGAGGAAUUCCUGUUGAUCGAUUAUUGAAAAGUUCAGAACAACAACCGGUUAAAUUAUCGUUACAAAUUGAACCAAAAAAGCUCGAAGAAACUAAACCAAAGCCAGCAUUGCAACAGCAAGAACAAAUAAUGGAACCGAAAAAACUUGAAGAGAAUAAACCAAAAUCAGCAUCGCAACAGCAAGAACAAAUAAUGGAACCGAAAAAACUCUUGCAGCAACAAGAACAACAACAAUUACAAAGGCAACACCAACAAGGAUCUCAAGAACAGUAUCAACAAAAUAUACUCAAUCAACGUGGACUUUUUCAAAGCUUAAAAGAUUUGUUGGCUCCUAUGCAGUUAUCAACUCCCUCUGCAGCCCUCCCCCCACCUCCGCCAACUGCUACAAAUCCUAAAGCGGGAUCUGUUGAAAAUAUUUCCAGUACCAUUGAACGUACACCUAUUGAAAAUUUUGGACAAUUUAAAUCUGAAGAUGAUGCUGAUAUCGAAAAAAUGAUUCGAACAAGUCGUCCGUAUUCUCAGAUGGAGUUCAAUCAGCGUGAACAUUCGAAAACUGAAAAUAAUAGUUCAUGUGAAUAUGUUCCAGCUACAAAUAUGAUUCGUUACGAUAAACUUCUGCAUGGAAUUCCGCUUUAUAUUGACCGAAAUGUAAAAUUAACGAAUAUUAUGAUUGAACAGGGUAAACAAUUGGCUUGGGUAUUAGCUAGUCUUGCCCAACAAGUAUUUAAUGUACCUGUACAGACAAUGCAUCUUUUUCGUGAUAUUGAUAGUGCUCGAAUCGCUUUUAAUACUAACGGUGCCUUAUUCUUUAAUCUUCGUUAUUUUGAACAAGUAUUUUUCGAUGAUCUAAGGUAUUAUCUUGAAAAUUCGACACCAUCAUUACCAUCAUCAACUCCGAUUGUUCGCAAGAUCGCUAAUUUCUAUUAUAUGAUAGCUUGUCAUGAAUUAUCACAUAAUAUUGAUUCAAAUCAUGAUUUACAUUUUAUUGAUUGUUUUGAAAAAGUGUCUGUUCGAUUUAUGGAUGCAAAAGAUGCAUUUCUAUCUACAUUCUCUUUGCAAUUCUAA